ACUGGCCUGACAUUUCCAGACCCACCCACCCUCACUCACUCAAAAGAUUUUACUUUCUUUAGUCUUGAAGUACUGCAAUUGGGCUAUCCUCCAUCUCUGGAGAACAUUGGAGGAAAAGGGUUUUCUACACUUUUCUUCUCCUGGCAGACAGAUAACCUAAAGAAAUGGUACCGCUUUCGCAAAUGUGAGGACUCGACAAAGAGAGCAAUCUGCAGUAAAGUUCCCCAGUUCUACUCCUAAUGGCCUACUCCAUGGCUGAUCUUGUGGCCUUUAUUUGGACAUUAGUAUUAUUGACCUCAGCAUGCUGCCUGACACAGGAACAAGAGGAACUUGCAGCCAAAGUACCAGGCCUAUCAGUCACAACUGUGAAAAAAGAUCUGAGGAAAAUGGAGUUAACCUGGGACAACAGUAACAAUACCACAACGCCCACUGAUGUAAAGAAAACACACAAUUCACCAGUGAUGGACAAGAACUAUAUCAAGAAAUUUUGCUGUGGCUUUUCUAAUUGUAAUUUGAGUCAUGAGGAUAUGUAUAUAGAUUCUCUGACUAUAUAUCAGAACACAUCCAAAAAAGAACUCAUUUUUAAUGACACUGGAGAAGAUACAGCUGCAAAAAACUUCUCCUGUUGUGUUUACAAAGUUUAUUUCAUGAAUUGCACUUGGACAGUAGGCAAAGCAGCUCCAAAUGAUGUGCAAUAUUACCUUUAUUCACAGAAUGCUAAGAAAAAACAAGAAAGAGAAUGUACUAGUUACAUAAAAGAUUCCCAGAAAAGGCAUGUUGGAUGUCACUUUGAUAAACUUGAUGGAUUCAUAGGCAAAGGUUACUUCCUUGUAACUGGUACCAGCAAAAGAAGAAAAAUCAAAAAUAUUUGUCCUAAGACUUCACUACUUUCAAUAGAAAUUUGGGUUGCACCAUCUAAUAUCACUGUGAACUGCUCAAAGUCAAAUUGUCUCAUACAGUGGCAGAAACCGGAAACAAGAGAUCAUAUUGGUGACUCUGAAUUUAAAUACCAGCUCUACAUACAAAAACAGGGCUUGCAGUACACUCAUAAAAAUCUGUUUGAGGUACAAGGAUCUGAAAAAAAUGAAUAUGACUUCCCAAAUUAUGACAUGGGAACAAAGUAUAUCUUGAAAAUAAGAGCAAGUCGUCGAGAUGGGAAAUGGGGUGAAUGGAGUGAACCUAUAGAGUUUGGAGGUUCUGAAGAACAAAAAAGAAGUUCUAUAUAUAUUUAUGUAUUGGUGGUAUUUGGGACAGCUGUCUUUGCAUUAAUUAUCAUAUUUAUCUUUAAAAGGUACUAUGUCAUGCAAAGGUUAUUCCCCCGGAUUCCUCAGAUUAAAGACAAAAUAAAUACCUGUAAUCACCUGGAUAAACAGAUCAUCUGGGAAGAAUUUAAAUAUUAUCCAGAAAAAUGUGAAGAAAUAAUGACUAUAGAUGUAAUAGGAUGAUGUCAAAUGGCCAGAGGAACAUAUGAAUUUCCCCGAUACUGCUACCCAUUGGAGUUUUAGGAAAUUGUAUUUUUACAUUUUGUUCAUCUAGGCAGAAAGGUAGUUUGGCAUAGUGGGUAGAGAACAAGCUUCUAAGCCAAGAACCUAUUCCUUCUCCAAAUAUUCUUAUUUCUGUUGAGGGCACACUACCCUUCCCAUUACCUAUGUUUGCAACCUUGGAAUCAUCAUUGACUUUUUCCUUUUGUACCCACCCCCAUCUCCAAUCAAUUGACAAAUGUUGUCAGUUCUGCUUCCACAACUCUUGAUUCCACCCCUUUCUCUCCAUUCACAUGUCCACUAUACAUCUGCUGGGCCUCUUUACUGCUUUCCUAGAUUGCUUUGGUUUUCCUACUUUCAGUCUGUCCCCAAUCCAAUCCAUCUUACACAUAGUUUUAAAAUUAAUAUGCUUAAUCCAACAGUAUAAAUACUACAGCAGCCCUUGGGCUGCUGUACCCAAUCCUCCUCCAUUAAGGGGCCCCUAAUUGAACCCAUGCAUGUAGUCCAGACUGAGUUUGGUUCUGGAGGAUUCAUAGCCUCUGGCAACAGAGGGCCAGACUACUUUUCUCCCACUCUUCAGCAGUUUAUGCUCCUACCCUGGGCAAGUAGGUAGUACAGUAGAUAGAGCGGCAGCCCUAGAAUCAGGAUGACCUGAGUUCAAAUACAGCCUCAGACAUUUACUA